UAAUAAUAACAAUAAUAAUAAGGAUGAUGCUUUCAGUAAACUCAUAAACAACAAAUGCAGUUUUAUUAUUAUAUACUUUGACGAUACAUUGACCUCUGGUUUUGUAUAGCCUAUAAACCAGCCAAUUGAAUUCCACAGCUGCUGACCGUGUAUAACAAUUAUCAGAACAAAUAUUACCUCAUCGUCACGCAACCAAGUUUAUGGCAACUUGAUGACAACGCGAUAAGCGUUGGAUUACAAACAGCAAACGGAGAAAUAUAUUGGUAAUACUUACAGCUGGUGGCGCUAACUAUAAAUAGGCAAAGUAAUGAAAGUGAAAACAAAUUCAAGGAAAGGACAAAGCAGUAACCAUGAUGCAGAGCGUACUAAAAGAGAUAAAAUCGUGGGCAAAGGAUAUUUGCAUUGCGCAUGCGUCCACAUGAGUGUGGGUUGGAAGCUCAACUAUUUGCUUCCAGUUGUCAUAUGAAUGAAUGGUUUCUACUAACUACCAAUUGCUGUGGAAUUUCGACGUCCUAAUACUACCCACAGAGACAGCUGAAAAUUACUGUGGUUACCAUUAGAAAAGCGUAGGCUUUAGCGCCACGCUUGCACGCCUCGCAGUGUUUAGUUAUACGGGAGUUGAGUGUAUCAGCCUGUCAUUCAGUCGGUUAGUCUGCCAAACGACUAGGAAAUACCUAAACGUAGCGCUAUUUCAAGUGCGUGCAUAUGAAUGUGUGUUACGACUUCCAAUGAGAAAAGUGGAAGAAGAAAUUUGAAAAGAAAUUUUCAACGCAACCUCACGAAAUCGAUAAGUUGGCAGGAAAAUCAGAUAUUUUCAGACUGCGCGACCGUAAUUUUCGCUGAAAAAUUUGCUUAGCCUGGCCAAAAAAAAGUUAUCUUAAUGUAAAGGAAUUUAAAUAUUUAAUAGCAGUUGAGCAGAAAAGUGAAAAUCUGUGUAGAGCAUAUUAUUAAGUAAUUUGUUUAAAUGAAAAAACGACAGCACAACGAAGUGGAUAUGUCGAAGAAAAGUCUAUUAUGUUCUCGUUUAAAUUGAAAACAUUCGAUUGCUAAGGGUAGUUAAUAACAUAACGUAAUCUAUCAACUGCGUCACCAAAGCAAUAUAAAAACAUAAACUAAAUAAGCAAUUAGAAUAUUAUUUUUCCAAAUCUACUUUGAAGUGGUUGCACUGAGUGCAAUUCCAAGUAAACACACUCGAAAAUGCAGCCCCCGCCACGUAAGGGAAAUUAUGUGAAAUUCUUAAAGAAUUUACACACAGAGCAAGUGGCUAAAUUGCAAUUAAAGAAUCAACAUGAAUGCGAUCUGCUCGAGGACAUCCGACAGUUCACCAUCAAACGUUCCGCCAUUGAGAAAACAUACAGCGAAUCGUUGCUGAAGAUCUCUUCGCAAUAUUUGAAUAAGAAAAUACCAAAUAUACCCGACAUAAAAAUGGAGGGCAUGGAGGAGAGAUGGAACAUGUGGAGCGUUUGGCGUACUGUACUUGAAGAGAAUGAAAAGCUGGCACGCGCUCGCCUCGCAGCCAUUGAAGUAUUCCAGCAGCAGAUUGCUGACGAAGCUAAGGUGCUACGCGACUACAAACUGGCCAUUUCGAAAAGGGCGCUCUCCCAGAUAGUGAAUGUCCAAAAAGAAUUGCAUCUCAGCGUUUCCGAUGUCGAUAAGACAAAAAAGCAAUAUUUCGACGAGGAGCACUGUGCACAUGAUGUGCGUGAUAAAGCACGAGAUAUUGAGGAGAAACUAAAGAAAAAGAAGGGCUCAUUCUUCCAAUCGAUCACUUCGCUACAAAAGAAUAGCGCACGUGUGACAUCGCGCAAAGAAUUGCUGGAAGAAAAGUCGACGGGCGCACGCAAUGACUACAUACUUAGUUUGGCCGCAGCGAAUGCACAUCAGAAUCGUUACUUCACCGUCGAUCUGCAGACAACGAUGACCACAAUGGAGAAUUAUGUAUUUGAACGAGUAGCCGAGUACCUGACACUGAUGGGCCGCACCGAAUUGCUCACCUGUUCGGCCACACAGAAUUCGUUCGGCAAAAUACGCGAUCAGGCACAACAAUUGACGCGUGAAUACAAUCUACAGUGCUGUUAUCUCUUUUAUCCAGUAUUAAAACAACAUAUACAAUAUGACUUCGAACCGUGCGAUAAUGAUCCGAUACGAAAGAUUACCACCGAACAUGAAUCGGCAUCAGAGACGCUUACGAAAGAAGCAAGGAAUUUGGCGGGUCGUGUGGUGAAGGAGAACGUAGCUAUACGUGAAGCUGCGAAGAAAUUAGCCAUUUGUGUAUCUCUACGUGAUUCGGGACAACGCAGUGAUCCAAACGAUCCUAAUGGACCAGAUUUGGACACGAAAAUAGAAGAGUUUAGAGAUUUGAUACGCCGCUCUGAGACGGAGAAGGCCAAGGCUGAGGCAUGCUUGCAGAGUUUGCGUGAGGGUGGCAUUAAUGUCGAUGAAUGGGUGCAAGAGGCAGAGAUUAUGGGUGUACAGGAAUUAGCACGUUCCGCUAGUUCCAUCUCUAUGCGUACAGAUGCUUCGGGACAAGGGGAAAAUCCAAGUUCGGACUCGUUCUAUGACAGUGACAAGGAGGACGCAGGCGGUGCGCAGGCAGGUGUGGCUGCUAAAUCUAAAGUAGAGAAGGAGUUGUCGCGUGAUAAGACAUUCAGUGACAGCGAUGAAGACGUGGAAGAACGUGUACCGGAACCGAUUGCUGCAGCUCCAAUGAUGGCCGCUAGUACCGGAUGGGAUGAUCCCACUGAGGUCAACUGGGGUGCCGAGGAGGAGGAGAAAGACGAGCCCAUUGUUCCUGAACCGAAAGAGGCUAUCUUCAAAUGCACCGCUUUGUAUAGCUACACUGCUCAAAAUCCAGACGAACUGACUAUUGUCGAGAAUGAACAGCUGGAGGUGAUUGGUGAAGGUGAUGGUGAUGGCUGGUUGCGCGCACGCAAUUAUCGCGGCGAAGAAGGCUAUGUGCCGCACAAUUAUCUGGACAUCGAACAGGAUACUGCCGUCAACGGUAGCUCAGGCAAUCAAUUGCGCUCACAAAUCUCAUUCUCAUCUGUCGAUUAUACCGUUGACAAUGAAGAUCAAACUGUGGAUUCCAUGCAGUCACCCGAUCAGGUCUCGGUCAUAAUGGCGCCACAGAAGCGGAAGUCCGAUGUACUUUAUUGCAUAGCCUUGUACGACUACGAUGCGACUGCCGAGGAUGAGCUCACCUUUGAAGAGGGUCAAAUUAUUAAGAUUGUCACAAAGACGGCGCAUGGCGUAGACGAUGGCUGGUGGGAGGGUGAAUUAGAUGGUAAAUUUGGUAAUUUCCCAUCGUUGGUAGUUGAAGAGUGUGACGAGAAUGGUGAACCAAUGUCGGAAGGUGGCGAUGAGUCACCCCCUCCGACUGCACCACCGAGCUUUGCGCUUCCACCCGCACCCGCACUACCGCCAGAGUAUGCGCACGAACUUACUGAGGAUAUGUUUGAAUCACAGGACACUGCAGAUGACGAUAGCGGCUACAUUCCAAACGGUGGCGCACCCAGCAUGCCUCCACCAGUACUAAGCAAUAAAGCCAGCAUCAAAAAGGUACUCAUACAAGAGCCUGGAAUGGAGGACGAUAUAAGCGACGAUGGUAAUCCACCACCAUCGCUGCCGCCGCCGGCCUUAAAUGUCGGACCCAGCAAGGAAGGUAAUUCACUAAAUUUAGGUAUGGCACAAAUAAUUGUGACCGCCGCAACCCCAAUGGUUGAAGACGGCACAGAUAAAUCUUUCCCUCCGGUAGGAGAGAGUGAUGGCGGUGGUGCAGCUGCAGCAACUGCGAAAACUGCCAGCAGCGACGACGACAAGCCGGUUAAACAGAAAAAGAUGGAACCGAAACCAGUGGUGCAAGCAGCAGCUGAUGAAAACGAGAAUCAUGAGGACGAUACACACUCAUCCGAUCAGGAUCCGGACUCCGAAGCAAAGACCUUGCAGGAGGCGGAAGACCCGUUCAAUGAAAAAGGUAGCGCCGCUAACGCUGGUGAUGGAUUCGAGGCAAAUUUCGAGGCGAACUUCGAUGCGAAUUUCGAUGAUGCUUUCGCCGGCGGUGCACAAUCGGCCGAUGUGAAUGCCGAACUAAGCGCGGACGACGUGCAGGCACCUAAACAGGUUGUAGGUGGUCGCGCAAGCAUACCCGAGGAAUUGGAUUCGAAUCAAUUAGCACGAUUACAAAAUCUGAAAGAGUCAAAUGCUUAAACAGUAUUAGAAGAAGAAAUCUAAUAAUACUUGCAUUUAAAGAUAAUGAUUCGGAAAUAAUUUUAAAUGCACUAAGGAAAGGCAACAAUUGAAGUAUUACGAGUAAGCAUUGUGAAGUAGUGAAUGGAGAAUGAAUAUAUACAUACUACUGUAUAUUAUGUAUGUAUUUAUAUAGCAAUACAUAUGUACUACUCAACAUGUAUUCAGAGCCGGAUAAAAGAUGUGGAAAAUCAUGAAUGCUGAUUUCGAUCAGUUGCUGUGCAAGUUGGCGACUUUCAGUUUCCUUAAAAAGUUGCACGUAAAUUAAACUAUUUUGUUUUUGGUGUUUAAAUGCUUCGUAUCACACACAUAUAAUUUGGGUAAAUAUAUAAAAAAUUCUAAAAAAAAGGAAAGUAUUAUGGGAAAGCUUUAAUGUAAGCAGAAAUUUCGAAAUUGUGUCAACUUUGCACCUUGGUAAAUGUAUACAAUAAAACGAUGAACUCUAAGAUACUCAUAUGUAUAUGACCCGCUUUCAUGAACCUCCACUUGAAUUGAUGAACUAUUAUUAGGGAAAAUGUUAUACUUACUCUAAGUGCAUACACAAAUACUUAUAAUUACGUAUAAACAAAUAAUUAAAAUACUCGUACCACAUAUACUAAAAUAUUGCAUAUAUCUAUUUAUUAGAGAAUUGAAAUCGACGAACUGCAGUGGCAUGCCAAAACGUUCAAGUAUUAAAUUAAAUCGUUUGCCUUUGAAUUAAACUAAAAUAUUAAGUAAUUAUUUUGUGCACCACUGUAGUUAUAAGAAAAAUCACGAAUGUACUUCAACAAAUGUGCUUGUUAGAUAUAUACUCUCAUAUACUAUGUAUUACAUACCCACGUACACCUAAACAUUUACCUAUAGAUACUUGUAAUUACAUAAACAACAAAUGGUAGGUAAUGCGCUAUAAAUCUAUAAAUAUGAUAUCAUGUUAGAGAAGAAAAUGAACGCAAUAAUUGAAAAUUAAAAGCAUUAUUAUAGCUAAAGAAAAAAAACAACAACAAAUUGCUGCAGUCAAUUGUUAAUUUAAAAUUUAAUAGCCAAGUACCUUCAGUGAAAUAUUCAUUUGCCAAUAGUUAUACAUUAAUUACAUACGAAUAUAUAUGUAAAUAUACACAUAUAGAGGCUGCAAUUAAAUUAAUUAAAUAUUUAUUUAUAAUUUACGUAUAUAUAAUUAUUAUAUUAUUUAGUAUUUAAAUUGUUUUUUUUUUUAUAAAAUUGUUUAGUUAUACGAGACCGCUAUGGAUAGGAUUAAUUUACAAAUCAUAUCGGUAUUCUAUGGAGAAAUUCUUAUUAUUAGUCCCUAUGCAAUUAUGGUACUUAAAUAUUCAUAGGUACUUGUUAAAGCUAAGGCUAUGCGCAUAGUGGAGCAGUGGGUGGGAUGAUGUGAGUUAAUGAGACGAAAGUUUAGUUAGGUUAAUAAUAUUAUUUAUCGUUUUAUUUUGAAUACAAAGAAUACAAUUAAUCUUAAUUGAAAAUUUAUUUGAAAUAGAAAAAAGAAUGCUAUCAUUGAGUGAAAUAGUAAUGAUUACCCAACUUGGUUCUUCUAAAAAAUAUUUCCUUCUGUAAAAUUUCAAAUAUCUUGACCUAUUUAUGGGCUUUUAUGUAAUACUUUAUUAAGUUUCGGAGGACGUCUUCCUUAUUAAAUAUACUAUAUAUAUAUACUUGCGGCAUUCAAUAUCACUCUCUACUUUAAAAGCCCUCGCACCGCUAUGCCAUCAGCCUAAAAAGUGAACACUUUUUCUACUCACACAAAAUCCUUUGAGAAGAGUAAGAGUACGCUCUUUUGGUUGCGAAAUUUUCUUUCUUUAAUUUCAUCCAUAGAUAUUCAGAGACUUGAUGCUUUGUAAACUUAAUUCUUCUUGGAGACCACAUAUAUAAAUAUGCUUUAAAAAAUGGGGCUCAACGUGAAAAAAAUACUGCAUAUUUAAAUGAAAUACAAAAGUAUUAGAAUAUAUAGAAAAAAUAGUAAAAUUUUGCUCAUGAUUUCUAUAGCAAAACAGUUAUUAUUAAAUUUCUUUAAUUUUCAUUAUUUAAGUUUUCCUUAUGUAGUUGCACUUUUGUUAUGCAAUCCGAAAUGUUGAAAAACGCUUUCACCAAUAUAUAGAAACCAAAGAAUUAAACAUAAAAUUAUAAAUGUAUGUUUAAGUAAAUAUUAAACACAAUGCCAAUAUUAGUGCUACACAAAAACAGGAUCAACUGAAUUAAUAAAUUAUGAAAA